CGAAGAUCAUCUGAAAAAGGCUGAAGAAGUGCCUCAGGGAUUAACAUUCGUUCGAGCUAUUGUGUCUAAAUUUCCCCCUGAAAAUGAGACAAGUCAAUCGCUGUGGCACCUGUUGGCUACUGGUCAUCUUUGCAUCUCUGGUGCUGCUGGCGGCCAGUUCGGAGGCUCGACGCGUCAGACGGCAGCAGCCCAGUCGGAAUCCUUUCACGACAUUCUUCCCACCGAGUGGUAAAUUUGUUCGCAACCGUCCCCUGCCCUCAACCUCCGCCAGCGCCUCGCCCUACCUCAACAGCUCCCCCUUCAGCACGAGCCAACCCGUUCGCACCAGCACCUUCCUGGGUCAAUCCGUCAACGAACUGACCACCGCGCCCAUCCGGGUGGUGUCGCGACCCCAGCAGAACAACAGCAACCUCCCACCGCCGCUGGAACCUCGGAAGCCGAACCGAUCGCGGGACUUUUACGGCUGUCUGUCCAACUGCCUCACCCUGAGCCACUACAACCCGGUUUGCGGAACGGACCACACGACGUACCACAACGUGUACAAGCUGGACUGUGCCAACCGGUGCGGAGCGAGACCCCGAGUGCAAGUUCGGAGGCCCGGCAUCUGCUGAAAAUGGAUCGAAAUUUUACGAGUGGGUGCGAAAACUCAAUGUUUAAUUGUCGGAAAAAAUGUACUUUUAAUUUGUUGCAUAAACCACAGAUGAAGUGAUAACUGUGCGGAGAAAUCACAGCUACGUGGAGGAUUAGUAGGUUAGGUAUAACU